AUGGGGAAUAUAUGUUUCGAUACUUUAAACGAGGAGAGUUAUAGAAGAGUGCUCAAGUCUGAAGGGGCGGGCCCUCGACGAUUCGGCCCUCCUCCGCCCUCAGUGUCGGGGUCGCCCCUGCAGACGUCAUCGAAGGUGGAUACAAAACCGAACACCGUACGCCUAGAUUCGCAGGCAUCCGUGUUGGCCGGAAGCCAAACAGCAACACGCGACGCGAGGCGGACGCGCGGCGACGGUCGAGCGGAUGAACCUUGCCAAAUCCAGCGCACGCACGAACUUCCGCUAAAUCGCUAA